ACACAUGAGCAUUAAUAGCCAUGUUUACCUGUACUAGUUGAGAGCCAAGGUUGAAGUCAUUCAUGUGUGAAAAAUGUUGUCGAGGCAUCUGUAAACGGCUAAAGAAAUGCAAAUGUAGCCUAGUUUAGAAUAUGCACUUGCUUUGUGUACAGAUGUGACGGCGAGGUAAGGGCAACCUGACACACAUGAGCAUUAAAAGCCCUGUUUACCUGUACUUGUAGUUGACUGUCAAAAAUGCUGUCGAGUCAUCUGUACAUCUUCUUUGUCGAAUUGCAUUAUUAAAGUACAUCCAGAUGAGACAUCAUAUGCGUUCAUCACAGUUUGUGACGGAUUACGGAUACGAACGAACUAGCACUUGUUUGGCAGUCUUUUAGGUAUUUAGGUCCAGGAUGAGGGUGGACAUCUCCGCAGCAGAGGAGUAGAAAAAAGAAAAAAACUGGUUAAUGUGCUGUUAGAAAGACUCAUUGUGCUGUCACUUAUAUUGCCUCCUUGUACCAAGCAGGUGGUUGUGUCAUCAUGGAACAUCUUGGACGUUUUGAAGCAACAGUCGAGCAGCUUUUUCAGGCAGUUCUUCAAGAAAUGCGUUUGCAAAGAUUUCAGGCAAUUCUUCAAGACAUUCGUGUGCAAAGAGAGAGCGUCACAGAAGAAAGGCUCGACAGAAUCCUGCAACAAGUUCCUGAUGACAUAUCAAAAGAGGGCAUCAUAGAAGAAAGGCUCGACAGAGUCCUGCAACAAGUUCCUGAUGACAUAUCAAAAGAGAGCGUCACAGAAGAAAGGCUCGACAGAAUCCUGCAACAAGUUCCUGAUGACAUAUCAAAAGAAGUAGCCAGAGAAGUCUUGAACAUUUGUCAAGAACAAGCAAACAAAUCAGUCCGAGAAAAUAGCGAAGCGUAUGCAGCAGUCUCCUUUGUUACAGGCGACAAAACACAGCAGCACGUUGAUGCCAUUGCUACAACGACGGAUGCAAGACCAGAUGAUGGUUCUGCAGGGGAUGGAGAAUCAAGUAUCUUUGUGACUGAUGGAGGCGACCUUUCUUGCCAGAGUGUGUAUAAUGUCCUGAUCCAUGCCCUACCACUCACGGAACAGAGACUACGAGGCCUGACCGACGGUGUUCUGCGCAAGGCUGAACAUGAUGGGAUAUCAAGCAUCGCCUUUCAGGCCACUGGAUAUGGCAUGGAUUCUUUACCAAAGGCCGUGUUGGCUAAAGCCAUCCUAGAUACGGCCUUGAAUUACGUAUGUGAUUCCCUUGACGAAAUAGUGGUGUGUGCAGACAAAAGCGAGGUGGAUACGAUCAAGGCAUUUACAGCUGAGAUUGACAAGCGCCCCCAACUUGGGAAAGGCAAAGAACUCGGAUCUACCUUCACUGUGACUAUUGUCAAAGGAGACAUUGUCCAUCAGGAUGUUGAUGUGAUUGUUAAUUCGACUUCCUCGAGCCUCAAUUUGGCAAGUGGGCAACUGUCUUCAGCAAUAUAUAACGCUGCUGGAGACAGCAUACAAGAAGAGUGCAGGGUCAAGUAUCCCACAGGUGUUACGACGGAAGAGAUAGCCGAGACUUCAGGAGGUCGUCUACCGAGCGGGAGAAUAUACCACACUUCUCUAGGAAUCUGGUCAGAGGAGAAUUACAGAGCAUUUUUUAUAAAAUGUCUGACCAAGGCCUCGAGCUCGAGACUGAAGAGCAUCGCUUUCCCUUUAAUUGGGACAGGGAUCUUGGCAUAUCCAUGUGAUGAAGUGGCAGAAUGUAUCUUCAAGAGCUUUGAUCAAUUCAAAACAAGCAACCCUGACACCUCCCUGUGUGAGGCACGAAUUGUUGUGUAUCCAGAAGACAAGGCGAAUUUGGAGAUCUUUGAGGGUGCCACGCCUACAGAAGCAGCUGCAGAUGUGCGUCCAGUAAAUUCCACAACAAGCGAAUUUACGUUACAGACAGCUGUGGGCAUGGCUGGGCUCAUCCAGCUGCCCGCACACUGGAGUCCAAUGACUGAGGAACAGUUUGUGAGCGAAGUACAGCUUAAACCUGAAGAUAAAGAAUACAAGUUGGUGGCUAGACAAUUCAAUACAGGCGUUGACAAUGAAUACACCAUUGUCGAGAUCAAGAGAAUCCAGAACCGCACACUGUAUCUCCAGUAUGUGAUGUUCCUGCACCAGAUGGAGACACAGAACCCGGGUAUGGAUGUUGAGAGACACCUAUGGCACGGAACAACGGGAGAUGUUGUGACCAGUAUCAAUAUCCAUGGUUUCAUUCGCAGCUAUGUAACAGUCCAUCUCUAUGGAAAGGGAAGUUAUUUUGCUGUCAACACCAGCUACUCUGCUCGUGACCUGUACUCUCCUCCAAAUGAAGAUGGUACCAAGCACGUCUAUUACGCAUCUGUCCUCACUGGACACUUCACUAAAGGAAAAGUAGACAUGGUAGCUCCCCCGUCUCGAGGCCUCAAAGACCCAAAUGUCCUGUACGACAGUUUGGUUGACAACGUGGAUAAUCCCAGUAUGUUCGUGGUGUUCAACGACGUCCAGGCCUAUCCCAAGUACCUCAUCACUUUUCGGGAGUGAAGAAGAACAGGGAAACAGUGUGAAGAAUUUGACCAUCUGUUAUUUGAAUUCGUGUCUACAUACAUAACCAUUACACUCUAACCAAAUGUAUUAUACUUAGCUGAUUAUCAAUACACUGCAACUGGUUUGCACUUCCGUUUGGAAUGUUUUGGUUUUAGAGGUGUUAGUAACUUGACAUGCAUCAUAAAAAGUAUUGAUAAUAAAAACAUAGUUAUAACCUUUAUUUCUCACAAACCAAUGAUAGAUAUGAUCGAUUGCCCCAGAUUCAACGACACGCAAUCAACCAUGUCACCUAGCCUGAACACCCGAUCCAUUUGGCCAGUUCGAACAGCAAGCUCCGGGGAUAUAUUCUCCACUGCAAUACGGUGAUUCCAGCUGUUAAUGUGUAUGUCAUAGGUACAUAUAUGAUUAUGCUCUACAUAUUUGAAUAUAGUUUAUGGGAUUAUGUUAACAUGAACCAUGCUUCAUUCAGACUGUUUGACAAUUAACAUCAUCAUGAUCAGUAUACAGCAUACAGUUGCGAAAUUACACACAGAUUUUAACAACAAUGAAAUAUCCAGGAAGGCAUCUAGUUACUCGUUAACUAACAAUUUUCAUAUUGUCUUGGGUUGACCACAAGGACGAUGUUGAUUAGCUUAUGAAUAUUUGCUUGAAACAGAUGAGGUUUUUUGGAUGGGUUUCUUAUAACACAGUAUCAAAUCUGAAAUAUGAUUGAUUUAUUGCAUGUUGUUUUGCACUGAUCUGUAAAAGAAGUUGUGAACAAUAAGUUCCAAAUAAUUACUUUGUAGGUUUUUUAUAUGGAUAGAAAACUGUGAAUAUGUUCUUUUACUCUUAUCCAUUUGGUUUGCUUCACAUUGUGAUAAUUACCGUAAUGAUUUAAUGUCCAUAUUAACAGAUUUUACAGAUGUGUAGUUUGUUCUGCUUGUUGUAUGGCUAUAGUAUUGUCGAUUGAAUAUGGAAUUUUCACAUAUUUUUGCACUGAUCUGUAAAAUAAGUUCUAAAUAAUUACUUGCUAGGUUUUCAAUAUGGAUAGAAAACCGUGAAUAUGUUCUUUUACUCUUAUCCAUUUGGUUUGCUUCACAUUGUGAUAAUUACCGUAAUGAUUUAAUGUCCAUAUUAACAGAUUUUACAGAUGUGUAGUUUGUUCUGCUUGUUGUAUGGCUAUGGUAUUGUCGAUUGAAUAUGGAAUUUUCACAUAUUUUUGCACUGAUCUGUAAAAUAAGUUCUAAAUAAUUACUUGCUAGGUUUUCAAUAUGGAUAGAAAACCGUGAAUAUGUUCUUUUACUCUUAUCCAUUUGGUUUGCUUCACAUUGUGAUAAUUACCGUAAUGAUUUAAUGUCAAUAUUAACAGAUUUUACAGAUGUGUAGUUUGUUCUGCUUGUUGUAUGGUUAUGGUAUUGUCGAUUGAAUAUGGAAUUUUCACAUAUUCAUGUAGCAAUAUGACAUACUAACUGACCAACUGCGUCUGAAGUUUGACCCACUCAAUACUGCUAUGAGGAAAGCGUCUUUGAAAGAAGAUUAAACCAGAUCAUCUUCUUAUGACGAAAAAGCAAAGGUAUAUCCCGCUCCUCAUAACUUAGAUAAUGUAAACAUAUUAGAACAAAUGCAUAUACAACAACCAACAAUGUUCAAGAUUGUCUGGGCAGCUUUAAAGCAUAUUACAGAACCUCGAUCAUGCAUUUGGACUUUCAGCUUACCGCUCAUAUACAUGUACCCUUUUAAGAGAUUAAAGUAUGAGAAAAGUAAACAAAGUAUGACUAUAUUAUGUUGUUCUGAAAAUCUUGAAUUUGUUGUGAUAAUUUACUUACUGGAACUUUCGGUUCCAGUUUAAUAUGUAGUAACAUUCCAACGCCGGAUGUAAAGGACAUAGAUGUCAAACUUUCUUUUUAUUGUGAGGUUUCUUCAUAAUUUAGGCUGCAAAACGCAUGUAUAUGAGUAUGUGCUUAUGGUUGGAUACAACGAUACGUUAUUGAUAGUAUAUCGAGAGGUAAAUAUAUACUGGGUUUUGUUUUAGUUUUAGAAGUACAUCAUUGGAAUUAUAAAGUUAGAUAUCUUGUGUUUGUCUUAAAGUCUUGUUGUUUAUGGCAAAUGUGGUGGAAUAAACAAUUACUGAUAUAGUUUGUGUAUGUCCAAACACAUAUGUUUGUUUCAAAGGAUAUUCAUGUUGGCCUAGUUGAGUGUAAUAUUUAGAUAUCCUUGUUGACAUGCUUAUUUUCAACAAUCAGCUUGCAAUUUUCACCUAGACGAUUAAGAUGUACCCUAACUUUAGAAGCGGGAAUAAAUUGAAGUUUUUUUGUUCACUUUAAUAUGCUUCUGGGCAAUUUAAACAUAAGAAAACAGUAGUAAACAGCAUACGUGUAUUGCAAAGUCAUUACCACAGUAAAUUACAGUCAUGGUAUUAAUAUCAACAAUUCGUCUCUUGUAGAGGAGCUAUAACUGAUAGGCGAUCACAUCAACAACCUGGUGCAUGCAUAAAACAUGCAAAGCUAUCUGAUAAUGCUCUCUGUUAACAUUAUCUCUACCCCGAGAACAAAUGUGUGUUAUCGCGCUGUCCCAUUUAGAAAAUUCACCGGGGCAACUGGGAAACCAAAUCAAUGGGAGACCAAAGUUCAGACACUGUUAUGAAACAUAUAUGAAUUUCGGGGAAGGGGACUACCUGGGACAUACUUGAAAUACCUGUAACUCUUGAAAUGAAUGCGACUGACGGUCCGGUCCCUAGCCAGAAAUUUGACUCAUAUGAAUGCGACUCCCCCCACCCCCAACACCCAGUGGAAUUAUUUACAUAUUGGCAACUCUUGACCCCAGCAGUAGCAAUUCACAGAAUGACUAUAAUGUUUGAAUGACAUUGUUGUAUAUUUGUUACAAAUGCUGCUCAAUAAACAGUGAUAUGGAAUACA